GGUGCUACGGGUAUCUACCGCUACAGUACGUCGUGGCCAGUAGGAGAGAGGAGUGUGAUCCCAUUAUUUGUUGGCGUACAGUAUAGAAUUGACAAUGGUUCCGUUGGUAUGGCUCUGCCCUUUGCUGUUAAUAAUUCUCUGUGGUAGUAAUACGAGAGCUGUAGUGGCAUUGUCAUCCAUCGAAACCCCACCAUGGCUGACGAGUCAAUUGGCCGAGUUUGACCUGCAAGUCCACGGAUUUCCCGAGACGGGUCGAGGUCUUGAAACGACACGCGAUCGAUCGGCCGGAGAAGUGUUGAUUCGAGUGCCCCAAGACAAUGCCGUCACGGUCUCGUCGCUCUUACGAAAAUACCCCAUCUUGUCACAAGCGGCCAAUCGAAGCAUUCAAGAAUUCAAGGUCCAAUUGACCGACGAACAGAUACUGGCCGUGGGAAUUCUACUAUUGAAACACGAUGGGGAUCCCUACGCGAUAUCGUUACCACCUCAGCACUCGGUACUCCAAAUGCCUACGGAAUUCUUAGCCUGGUUCCCCCAUGCGUAUCGAAAACUCAUUCAAGCGUACCAGCAUCAUUGUCUCUUUCUACACGGUUCUGUACUUCCAGCCUUGUCCUCUUCCAAUGACAAUGACAAUGACAAUGACGACAAUCAUCAGCUCAAGUUACCCAUCAAGAUUACCGAAGAGGACUUUUACUGGGCAUUUGCCACGGUACGAUCUCGUUGUGUCGGUAUGGACGGACCCGACGAUGAGGGGAUACGGACGGGUGGAGACGGAGAAAUCCGAGUCAUGCUGCCGGGAUUUGACCUCCUCAAUCAUCGAUUUGGGGCACAAACCAAACCUUACCAAGACGACGACAACUAUGUCAUUCAAUCCAACAAUGACUACAAGAAGGGCGAACAAGUCUAUAUUUCCUACAGCGACCAACGACAAAAUCUCAAAAUGCUCAUGACGUACGGAUUUUGUGUCCCCCAUAAUCCCACAAAAGUCGUCUUGUUGGAUUAUGAGGACGUCUUGCACGCAUGUGCCAUGGCACGACCUCAAUACUUCAAUCCCACCGUACAGGGACAAGUGUGGCAACUCUUGGGAAAAUUGGACAAACAACGAGAUUUGCUAUCGUUCCAAGAUGGAAUUCCAGACACCACCCUGAAAGAAGGCAUUCAAGUCAUGGCCGAAUUGCAGAAACAAUUUCUCACAGAACCAGAUGCCUCAUUUUCCAAUGACGUGCUGGAAGCAUUGCUGGAGGCUCGUCGCACACAAGUGAAACACGGCAUUGAGCAAAUCACACAAGCGCAGCAACAAAAGGAUAUAGAGGCAGACUGGAUGCCCAUGGCGAGCUCCAUUCGAGUACUAUUGGAAGAGGAACUCCAAUUCUUGGACCAAACCAGUAGUACUACUAGUACCGUGUGCGACGAAUGAAUGAGAGGAUCAUAUCAUGUGGAUACAACGGCCCCUUGUGAUGUGGGACAGCAAAAGGGGAAAAGCUUCACUCGGUCCUGAAGAGGAGGGCACCUCGUGGCAGGGCUCUGGUCCAAAGUGUUUGAGGUACUCUCCUCGUGCACCGAAACCGAAAUGUGAUACUGGCUAGCAGGACCGAACAAGAGGAAGAUUGCCAUUGCCCAGGUAACGGAGCGGAUGUGGAGCACGCACGGUUUGGAAAAGUGUACCCUGGCUAUUUGUCGUAGAUGCUACCGUACGAGUACUAGCAAGGAAUCGAAUCAGAUCUAUAAAAUAUUGUUUUCUUGUGGCAGAGAAAUAAUGAAAUAACACAUUCCUUGUUCGGAUGACCUGCAGCCAGAAAACAACAGCGC